CAGAGGCUCGGCAGUGAAAUCCAAUGAGCAGUCAAUACAAUCUCAAACUAACUUGCUGAACACACAGAACAAAGAGAAAUGGCCUCUAAAAGCAUCAGAGCGCGCUGAAGCACGCUUUUGUUCUGCUUUUAUCACGCCGUCUCUCUGAAGGUAGCGCAUUCUUAUUAGAUCCCUUAAAAAUAGAUGUGAGCCUUCCAAGUCAGUGAGUUCUCGCAGCCUCCCCCUGGAAGUUUUAAUUAGAGCAGCAGUCACUCGUGUUAUCGUUGUUUCAAGAGGGCCGCUUCCACAUUCCUGAGCUACCCACUUCAUCACAGGAUCAGCAAUGAGCCGACUGUUUGGGAUGACUGGCUCAUUUUCACCCUGGAUCCUACUUCGAGAUUACUUCUGUUAUGAACACAGAGCAAAUGCUCUCCAAUGUAAUGAGCAGAUUUAAUGUGGGGACAUAAACUCUGCUUUUAUAGACUCCUCGUAGGCCUCUUACAGUAAGAACAAGCUGUGCAAGAGCAGCAGAUUAUACAUCUCUCUCCACAUGCAUGUCAUUGUCCAGAUUGGUGCAUGUAACAGCACUGGAAAGAGGGAGAGUCUGUAUAAGAAGGCCUUUUAGGGGUUAAAACACCCAACAGCAGUCAUAUUUGAGGUCUGUUUCUCUUGGAUAACAGUGUGGUUGUACUCUGUUGUUGAUUUUUCAGAUGAGGAACCGAUUUCAUACUCCAAACCACAUGCCGUUUGGUGUCUUCACGGCUAAAGGCAACAUUUGGGACUUUUCUUUUCUAACAGAUAUGCCUUUUUAUCACGCAGGAAAACAACCUUAAAGGUCAAAUAAAGUGUGGAAACAAAGCAGAAAAUGGUGUUUGAGAUGUUUUACAUCAUCAGCCACAACCUAUUUUUGUUUAAAGCUCUGGUAAGUAACUUUUGUUUGCGUUCAUUUUGUUGCCCCCUAGUGGACAAAGCAGUACCUUUUAUCUCUUGGUUGAUUUUUUAAAUAACUUCAACAUGCUCUCUUUUAAAGGUGCAGGUGUAGGUUUUAUCUUAGCUUAGUUAAAAAGCAGCAUUAGCAGCAUUUAGUUAAACAUACUUGGCUGAUAUAGAAUAUCGUUUUGAAAUUAUGUUUAAGUUUGCUCAUUUUUUUAAGUCACACCUUUUAUAUCACAGAAGCUUCUUGUCCUUAAAGGCUGCCAUUGCUUCACUAACAGGAGGGGUGAGCAAGGGAGCAUUAAAAUCUAAAAUCUUAUUUCUAUAUACUCCUAUUUCUACACACCACAUCUUUAUGUUUAUAUAUGCCACUCAUUGAGAUUUUUAGUCAUGAAAAAUAUCAGCUUUGUCUCUGUUGGUCUUCUUUGCUUCUCUAACUUAAAUUGAGGCAUCAGUAUUAAUUUUAUAUCCAGCUUAAAACUCCUUAAUGGUCCUUUAAUUUUAGCUUCUAAACUAACAAAAAUAAUGUCUUUUUUUGUAGAAAUGUUUAAUCUAGUUUAAAAUCUUUUCACUUUAAAUGGGUGUUAAAGUUACCAAACCUCGAGUCAAAGUCAUAAUGAGUCUUAGUGUUGCAGUUCAGGUCACAGAAGAAUUUCAAUGGAUCUAGUUUUAAUUUCCAUUUAAAACUUGAGUCAAAGAUUGUUAAAGACCCACUCCCAUGGCAUUUUUUUGAUGCUACAGGACAUAUCACGAGAAAAGUAAGUGAAAAAUUGCAUUUCUGAGUAUUUCUGCAUUCAAAUGCUGUGAAUCUCUGGCAGGCUUAGACACAGUGAGAUUUCCUACGUGGCAAAUCCAAGCUCCAUCCCCAGAGCCCCACUAUGCAGGCCAGACUUGGAAAAGGACAAUCCCAGAACAAGCGUGUGCGUUAGCUGAUUGCAACACUCGUAAGAAAGCUAAUUAUGAUAUUAACUUCCAUCAUGCCCCUAAAGACAUUUGUAUCAAGAGCUGAAUAGCUCCUAUGUUACCUGCCACUUCUACUACACCAGCAAUGUUAGGCUACAAGCUAGCGUGAAGAGGAGUGUGCAGAGCAGCGCUGUCUCCGACCACGACUCGGAGGUGAAUUGCUAAUGAGCUACUGGAGCUCUGCAGAAGAAAAGCCCUUGAAAAUGACACCGAUAAUGUGAUUUUGGCUAAAAACGUCAUAAUCACAAUUUGAAGACCAAUAUGAGAACACUUUAAGUAGAAAAAAAAUCGAUCUGAGUAGGACUUUAAACAUCUUUAGGUGGCUUGUUGUCUCACUCCAAUCUUUUCAUUGAAAUAACCCUGACUGACUGUGUAGGCCCUGUAACAUGAGUAGAAAACAUCAGGGAGAUCACUAAAGAUGUCUAAUAAACUCAAACAUCUGCAGCUAUAACCAGAAUUAUACAUCAGAAACAUCUUAGUCACUCUGGUUGCUAACAUCAUUUUUGGCAUCGUACUCUUCUGCAUGCAUCCCUGAUAGUAGUGAAUGCUUGAGUCUGAAUCCAAGUCCUGAAAGUCAGAACAGAAGACAGUUUGCCUUGAUUUCUUCACCCUUUUUGUCCUCCAACAUGUUAAUUCUGUAAAGAGCUGAAGUAAUUUCACUUUAGAGCACUUAACACAAAAGAAAACAUGAUGAGAGGCAAGCAAAACCAAACCAAUCAAUCACACUCCAAACCAAAACACACGCCAACACACUCGGGUGUGAAUUGAAUCUCAAUCACUGUUCAAGUCAUUUUAAAAACAAACCAGCAUUUUCAGUGAUGCUUUAGUAGGUUAGUUUAAUCCGAAGACUUGAAAACUGUUUUGUUUGGAACCACGUCAAAGAAAGCAUCUUGUAAAUCUUUAUAUGUGUCCUGUUGGAUAUUGAAGCCUGCGACUGACCUGACCUGUUCAUAUAUAUGAAUUCACAUAAAUUCUGCACUUACUUGCUGAUAUAAAGUGGGUCUCAAGUCCCACUUUCAUUAACCGAUUCUGUGCAGUGUUUGUCUGUGUGCUCCCCUCUCUGUGUGACCUUUCACUGCCUCUGUGGAAUCUAAAUAUAUGAACGACAUCUGGCUGCUGGAGCAUCAUGGGUGACUUUCAUCUGCAGCCAGUGGCCGUCAUUACUGUAGGUUUUGUUUGGAGCUCUCAUUCAUUUUUAGAGAGAGAGAGAGAGAGAGAGAGAGAGAGAGAGAGUGUUCUGGUUUUGAUGACAUGAGCUGUAACUGCACUCUGCUGCCCCCUGUUGAAAAAGCUGCCCUGCGUGUUGUGUUUACAUUCUGACUGUGUGGACUGCCAUGUGCUUUGGGUGGAUUAAAUGACACCAUGAGAGGAGCGUGCAUUUGAUCGAGUUGGAAGAGCUCACAAAUCUCUUAAAAAGGUUUUAAAAUCACAAUGUGCAGAAAGAAACAGACUUCUGAUUCAUAAAAACGGGUUAUGCUUUUCAUAUCGUUCAUGCAAAAGUAUCCUAUAAUGGCAUUUUCGAUGUGUGUUUCCACUCAAAGUCGUAUGGGGUGAUACGGUUGUCUUGCUCUCAUCAUUUUUAGUGCGCAGGGAGCAGAAUAGUACAUUUUGUAGCCUGAGCACCUCCUGUGUACAGUUUCAUGUUCCUAAUGGAGCUGUAAACCUCUGCAGCAUGAGAAAAUAUAAAAACAAGAGGAUUUACUUCAUACGUUUGUCUCAUUUUGACUGAAUCCUGACAUGAUUGGAUGUAUUUGCACUGUUCAUAUCCCCCAGAGCAAUGGUAGUAGCGCUGCUGUAUGGAACAAAGGGCCUCUACUCCCUCCUGGCGCAUAAGGGGUUAAAGUAUGUGAACGCCCGAGUUGUCGUUGAUGGUCCUCGCGCACAAUGAUUAACGAUAUUGAUUCACAAAACCUGCAGAAUUGUAAUGUUUUAGUACCAAGAGGGGGAACAAAGAGCGGAGCUAUCCUGCUCUAAUUGAUUGGUGCUCGCGCUGAAGUAAUUUCAUUAACUACAGCACACGGCUUUGUGCGCCAAAUUAUUCCGCUGCGCACUUACCCAAAUCAUUAACUAUUAACUACUUUUUGUGAAAACGUCUGAAUCCCUGAAUGGCACAGCGAUGAUUGAUGUGAACAAAGCGCCAGCCUGCAGGAAAACAAGUCUGUCCAAAUGUGGCUUUGAAGAAAAGGAGCCUCCUUUCAACCUGAUCAGAAACUUGGUUUUGAAGGGAGAGCGCCCCGCCCUCCUACUCCUUAUAACCAGAAAGCCUGUUUGCUGGACGCUCAAACACAACAGGAACACUGGAGACCACUUCGCCUUGCAUGUACCGUUCCUGGAGACCAACUCUGGCUACAACGACUUUACGGAUUACUCUGGUUGUUUCACCUUUUGACCGCGAGCGAACGACCAGAAGAGACCAUGGAUUUUCUCAAUCACAACUAUUUGAACGCGCGCAGCCCUUACGACUAUACUUUUAAUUUCUGGAACGACUAUCUCGGGCUGACGACGUUGGUCACGAAGAAUAAUAAGCUCAGCAUGCCCCAGAACCCGAACUCCAUCACAGAGUCCCUGAAAGCGACCCUGGGUUUGGACGAUUCUCCCCCGUGUCCGUGCGUAAUCGCGGGCGGCGUUGUUGGAGAAAGCGGGCACAUGGACUGCUGCUGCCCGUCCGGGAGCCCCCCUCCGGCCUCCAUCCUGGACUUGAAGGAGCGUUUCUCUAUACUGAGCCCCUUCCAGAACCAGCUCGGGGUCCAACCGGAGCGGGAGGUGGGCUUUGGGGGGAGCUUCGCGGGGUUCGAUCUGUUCGGCAUGGAGAGGAAGAUGCGUAAACCCGCUUCCAGGAGCAAGCAGGAGCCCAAAAUCUGCGUCUUCUGCCGAAAUAACGGAGCGCCGGAGGAGGUGUACGGCUCCCACGUCCUGAAGACCCCGGAUGGCAGGGUUGUGUGCCCGAUUCUGAGGGCUUACACCUGCCCCCUCUGCAGUGCCAACGGGGACAAUGCCCACACGAUAAAAUACUGUCCUCUGUCUAAAGACCAGCCAUCCCAGCGACCAUUAAAGGGAGGCAGGGCUGUGGGUGGUAAGAGGAUGAAAAUAUUCUAAACAAACCUGACUAUAAAGUAAAACGAAUUGCACUGAACAAUUUCCAGAUGACUGUUUUGAUUUAGCCUUUAUCCCAGUUACAUAAACAUAUUGAUUUAUCUUUUUUUCCUCUAAGAUCUCUUAUAUUUUUAUAGUUCUUUUAUCCACAUAGAAUAAUUUUAUGCUUUAUACAUUGGAUUUAUUUUUCUUGCUAGUUUGUAGUCAUUUGAGUGUGUGCAUAUAAAUAUACAUGUAUCAAUAAUCACGAAGUGUGAAUAAAUUUAAAGACAAAGUAUUUUGGUCAUGUAGGGAAACACACUGACAUUGGCAAAGGGGAUGAAUGUCAUAUUUCUACCAAGUAUUUUUGUAUGGGGAGCUAAGCUCGCCACGAUUUUUCUUUCUUCUCGUCUUAGAAAACCAAAGUUAUGUUUGCCAUUAAAGAAGCUCAAGAAUGUGUCAUUACUGAGUACUUGUGUGCGUCUGCCUGGAGAGGAGGAGAGACUCUUUGAUCCCAUCUGCCCGCCUGAAAAACUCCACAGCAUAUUUUCCAACUUGCUCUAAAAGUUGACAUUCAAUCUGCAAGGCAGGAAGAAAAAAAAAAAGACAAUGUGGCCUCUGUUUGGAGCUCAGAUUCUCCAGGGAACAUUAUAAUCAAUUGUUGCCAAGCCAAACCUCUUUUCCAAUCUUACGUUGUCUGACUUUACGAGCAGUCACAGACACUAGCCUUCAUUUCUUUAUGUUUACAUUCCCAACUAAGGGCGACACACUGGAUUUCUUGUCUCUGUCAGGUCUCCUUUUCUCUUCUUUUUGUUUGAAUUUGCCCUGACAAUGUAUCCACCAGAGAGGCUCAUGGGCAGAGCGUCCAUGUCCCUCUCCCUCUGAGAGCAAAUGAAUGUUAACAAACCGCAGCAACAACCUGUUCAAUCCCAUCGUUUCUUUUUCUGAAGAAUCCAAAAAAAGAUGCAAAAAUGUCGUGAAUGUAUGAUUGAAAGUGUCACUUGCAGGACUGCACAUUUCUGACAGUUUUGUUUACCAAAGGAAUACAAUAGCAUUGAAGAGAAGAAGAAGAAGAAGUAGAGAGAUUUGCUGUAUUGUACAUAAAGUGAUGUUUAUUCAGUAUUUUAACAUUACAAGUGACUUCAGAGGGCGCUACCUCAACAGGAUUUUGUACUGAACAUGUAAAAUGUCAACAGCAGUUUAUUGAUAUAGUGCUGCCAUUUAUAAUAAGGGUUUUUGAUAGUAUUUUUGAUCUUUGUAUAACAUAAUUGUAUUUUCAUUUUGUUGCAUUUAACAUGAUGGAAGUGAAUUUCCAAGAAGCUAUAAGCAUUGCUCACCACAAGGUGAUUGUCUGUAAAUAAUGAUUAUGAUACCCAUACUUUGGAAACUUUAGUUGUUCAAUGUUACAUUCUUGAGAGUGUGUGCCAGAGAGUGCAUAUUUGAAAAGGCUGAAAAAAAUGUGCCACUUUUAACAGAGGUUUUUUUUUUUUUUGAUUAAAUGAAUAAUAGAAAAAAAAGAAACACUGUUGAACUUUGUUAUUUAUAUUUUACCACAAUUUCCUGUAUGCUGCUGUGCAGAAUAACAACAUAUGAAUCCACUAGAGAAAUAAAAACUUAUCAAAUAUUUGCAUCUAUGUGGUCAUGUUCUUGGUUUGUUGUACUGACAUCAAACUAAUUUGGAUUAAAUCAGCUUCAUUAUGCCAGUAGCGACAAUUUCAAAACAGAUGAAACAUUGAUAUUGAACGAAAACUAAGAUACAGUGAUGCUGAGCUCAUUUAAUAUAAAGUCUAUGAAUACUAGGGGGCAGUAGUGAUACCUCCAUGAUGUUUGCAGAGGGGAAAUGAAGAAGAAGCAGCAGCAGCAGGAUCUAACUGUAACAAUCCUCAGAAAGAUGCUUAGACUCUUAUUGUGAAAAACCAAUAGACAAGUAAACAAAUAAAAAAAGUGUAAUCAGGUGACCUAACAGAAUCAACAUUUACACUUGAGCAGUCUUUACUCCAUAAACUGAAUUUUAAAACAACAACAACCUAUGAGAAGUAGCUUGUACUUCAUUUCAAAAUAAAAGCAUGGUUUAACCAUACAUUACAUAAAGUAACCCAACUGCACACAGUAAAAAUGUCAAAAUAAAAGCACCACAAACCAUCAUUUUCUCCUCUCUAAAGAUUCUCUGGAGCAGACGAUGUGGUAAAAACAGACUUUUAAACAUAACUAUGAAUUUAUGAUAAGAAGAUAUAUAUUAGUUGAUUAAAUUUACUGGCAACGUUUAGUAGCACGUCCCAUUCAGGUGAUAAUGUGAAAUUACAAAAGCACUAAUUUGGAAUAAACACCCUCCUUAAACACAGAAGAGUCUAGUAUAUCUGAUUUUCUGACCAACAGGAUCAUUUUCAGCAGUACUGUAUGUGGAUCAUGAGCCCUCAUGAAGACAGAAAAACUCUGGAGAGGAAACAAUUUGGAUUUACUACAAAUCUGAAAGAAGAGCUUUUAAUUCACCAGAUGGUGCUAAUAAAUCCAACAUUAAGACUGUCUGUUCUUUCAGCUUUAUAU